UCGGUGCGACGUGCGUGUGACUGUUGUCGGAAGCGCAAAGUCCGGUGUGAUUUCGGCUCACCUUGCACACCUUGUCGCAAGGCUUCGAUACGAUGCGCAUACCUGCAGCCGCCGAAGAAGAAAGGCCCGAAAGGCUUGCGGAGUGCAAGAGUGCUGCAUGCAUUACGGCAUAUCGAUGAUGAAGCGAGCCGGAAUCCUACAAGCCCACUGAGUCCGGAGCAGCAUGGUGCCGUAAUUCAACCGACGAAACCUGCGAAUCCGCCGCUUCGCUUGCCUACUGAAAGCUUUCUACCUUACACGCGACUGUUCUUCCGGCACAUGUUCCCGAUUAUGCCCAUCAUCGACCGCAACGUGUAUCUUGAUCCUCACCUGUACACCAGUGCAAGUGCAAUCAGUCCAGAUGUCUACUGCUUGCUAUGUGCCUUGUGCGCGGCAACCAUCGUUCAGUUGGAUGCAUCAAUCCAGCAGCCUCCGCCCUUACUACCUCACGCUAAUACAGACGAUUUGUUGGCCGACGAGUGCUUGCGGGAACGGAAGAAUUACGACUAUGUAGCGACUUCUUCAACGCUUCCUUGCAUAACCUCGUUCUUCCUUUUCGCUUACUUUGGCAACCACGAGAGUCACGUGAAAGCAUGGUACUACUUGCAAGAAGCGAUAACGCUCGCCCAGAACCUGAACAUGGACGAUGACGAUAUGUAUGCAAGACUAGAACCGGAGGAGGCGCAGUGGAGGCGGAGACUGUAUUGGCUGCUGUUCGUCACUGAGCGAGCUUACGCCGUACAAAGAAGGAAGAACACUCGGCUACAUGCGAGCAUUCAGCUGCCAGCCGUCUUCGAGAGUGAGGAUCCGCACCUGCUGAACGGCUUUGUCAACCUUGCAAAUCUUUUCUCCGCGGUGGACGACAGUUUCAUAGCCGCCUGGCGCGGCUCGAGAAGACAAAGUCUCUGCGACGAGGCGUGGCUUGCGAAAACGCAGAAGCAGCUUGACGCGGCUGCACUAGCACUGGACAACAUUAGUGAGACACAGCAUCUCGAUAUUAGCGUGACGCGGGAGUGGCUACAUGUUCUGGCGUGGCAAGUUGGCGUUAGUAAUGGCUUGAUAUGGGGCAAGGGCGAGGCGGGUAUGAGGCUCGAUUAUCCGAUCGAGCUUGCACGGAAAGUUGUGCAGAUAACGUCGGGAGCGAAUGCGCUCGCACUGGACUCGCACGGAAUCGGAAUGGAGCAAAAGCUCUCGGACAUUGCAGCCUGUGUAGCAGAUGUGCUCAGAUGCACCGCUGACGGCACGUCCGCAACGUUCCUGGAAGGCAGACAAUACCUCAAUAUCAUCCUACAAAAACUGUCAAGCAUCCGCGGCAAAGAAAGUCGCUACCUCAAGCCUCUAAUGAGCAAGGUA